AUGGCCUCCAGACCCUCCGGCACCCCGGCGCCGGCGACCCAGGAGCUCGUCUCCGCACUCACUCUCGCCCUUAGGGCUGCCUUCCCGGACCCCCCGCCUGCCCGACGUGCUCGUGUCACCGAGAUGGCGCAGCCCAUCCCCAGCGCCACGACAGACGACGACGAGGAAGAUCUCAUCUUCCGAGGGUAUCCUUCCAGUCAGGACCCAGCCGGCCGGUACCGAGCCCGCAUCCCAGAUGACUCGGACCCCAGUUCCAGCAGCAGUGGCGACUCCCCGCCCCGCCGGGACCCCCACUACCCCCGCCACAUCAACCCUUCCCGUGCCCCUACCGGCAAUAGAGGCCAAAGACUCUUCACGACCCGUGACCCCCCGACCCGUCGGGACUUCCGAAACGCCUUGCUGUAUGUCGACCGAGCCAGCCGACAGUCCCGCUUCUUUGGGACCUGGGACGUCGUCGAGCUACAGACCCUCGAGUUGUUCCUCCAAGUCUGGGAUUCCGAUCCCCCUCUCCGACCCUCUGCCAAGCUCCGUGUCUUCGACAGAGUGCGCCUCCUUUAUCACGUUGCGCUCACCGGAUGGCAGGCCGCCCUCCAGGGGUACGCCGACCCUACGGCCUCCUACCUUCUGGAAGCCCCGCUCCCCACUCCACAGGCCCCCCCUCCAGCAUCUGAUAGACCCUCCAGGCCACCCAACCGAGGACGAGGUGCGGCCAACCGCGGUGGCCGACCACGACAGCCCGCCACCCGAACCCGCGACGUCCCCGACGCCGCAGAGUGA